AGAUGUCUCUCCAAUGGCGCCAAUAGGCGUCCCUGUUCACGUCUGAAAAGCAGUACUAUACAUCCUGCCCUGCUGAUAAACAGAUAUCAGUGAACUAAUCGAGCCUGGUAAAACGUAGCUGCACAAAACAGACGAAGAUGGGGUUUAUACAUCGAUAAUACCCAGAGAAAAUAAGAUGACUGGUUUUGCAUCAUGUCCAGGCAUUGUGAUCAUCACUCUAAUCACAUCCCUUAUCUCCAUCCCUGUCAAGGCAGAAAUAUGGACGAAUGAAAUUUCAGGUGUCCAGUAUGGAAAAAUAGGAUCAAAUGUAACUCUUUGGUGCAGUGCUUCCAGAAAUGGCUCUGCAGUGGAGUGGAGACUGAAUGGCACUCGACUUGCUUCCCCGUUUGUAGUCUUACAGAACGGGAAUCUCAUCCUAACCAGUUCAGACUCCACAAUGGAAGGCAACUACAGCUGUCACGACAAGAAGGGGCAGCUCCUGAGAGCCACAGCACUGAGGCUUGGAUACGCUCCAGCAUUACUGAGAGUCCACUGCAUAGCAGCAAAUUACUACAACAUCUGCUGUUCCUGGGAGCAAAAUGUGAAGACAUUUCUGCCUACUGAGUACAUCACAACCUUCAGGCAUGCCUCUAAAGCAAGCGAGACAUGUCAUCAGGACUUCUCCAGAACAAAUGUGUGCACCAUAAAAAACCCAAGAAAUUGGCACUCUUCUUACGUGGUUAACAUCACUGAAGUGAACCCUCUUGGAUCCACAUUUACCUUGUCUAGAAUACAGUUCCAUGAUAUUGUGAAACCAGAUCCCCCAGAGCGAGUCUCAGCAGAGCCUGUCCAUGGUUUCCCAAGAAGACUGCGAGUGUACUGGGAGUAUCCGUCCACCUGGCCCAAAGAGAGCUCUUUCCCCCUGAGGUUUCAGGUCCAGUACAAGCCUGUGGAAUCACGGUCCUGGUCUGUGGUGGAAACAGCACAUCUCACGAUAGAAUUAACAGAUGUGUUAGCUGGUCAUUUUCACAUAAUCCAAGUGAGAGCAAUGGAUUUAUUGGAUAACGGAAACUGGAGCGAAUGGAGCACUGAAAUCAAAACUUUUCCUUGGCUUGAACCAACUCUUAAACCAGAGGAAUCUGAAAGCAAUACACAGAGUCAGACAGAAAAUACAGAUUAUUCUUCAACUUCAGAAUCGAAAGUUGAAAGCGAAGAACAGUAUGAGAAGCUGGCUCUACUCGUCUCUCUUGGUACCUUGGGAGGAGUUUUUCUGGCAUUGUUGGCUUUUUUUGCCAUUUUGAUCUGGGUAAGACAUAAAGGAAAGGAGGAGACGUCAAAACAAGAACUUACCUCAAUGAUGAAGAUGAAAUCCCUGCCAGUGUAGGAUGUGCACAGAUGACAUUUACAAGUAUCAACCCUUUUAGGGUAAUUUCAAAGGGAAAUAUCACCACUGCCAUUAAUAACAGUAGGACAGAAGAAGAGCCAUUAAUGAUCUUCUGAAAGGAAGUGUCUAACCUGGUGUCUUGUGACUGUCUGCAUUUACAGAUCCAGUAUCUACCUAUUUGUUUUGUUUGGUUUCAAAUGGAUUCAGUUCAGUCUUUUUUGUAAACCUACAGCGCUUUUGUAGCACUGGAGUCACAGACUGCCACAGUUUGCUUAAGUCUUCAUCUCUUCACAGACCUCACCAAUGAACACAAAGUGUAAUAUUUUCUACAGAAAGAACUUGUGAGUUCUACACAGAUUUGCAUGGAUUCCAGGUUGUCUCAAGAAUGAAGAUCUCAUGACCCAUUAUCUGGCUACAUUUCCCUAAAAUAAUAUUUAAAACUCUCUCCUGAGAUGUGUGAAGUACUGGAUAUUGAGGUUAUCUAUAAAUAUAGAGGUUUCUGUCCUUCAUGAAUGGUUAGAAUACAGGGCAUUAUGUACAUAUUAUUGUAUAGCCUUAUAACAGUAUAAGAAGUAAAUGUGCAUAUUUGAGUGAUUAAAUAAUAGACACAAAUUAUCCGUUGUCCACUGUUGGGUGAUGUGGAAUGCAUUGAGGUGAUCAGCAUUACCGUGCUAAGGAAUGAUUUCUACCUCACAGAGAGGUAGAAAUCAGUGUAAGGCAUUUGCUUUUGUAAGCUGGAGGGCCCAAAGGCUGGUGCAAUAGAAUGCACACCACCUGAGCAAAGAAGGGAGCGUGUUAGAAUGAUGCAGAAAAUCAUUGUCUGUGUUUUGAAGCCUUAACCACAUCUGUAACAGCAUUACACUUCUAUAUAAAACAAACCUACAAUUAAGUUGAGAUUAAAAGAUGCGAAACCCUCUAAUAAGGUGUAGGCCCUUGAGUAAAAGUAGCACUGACACACCUUUUUUCUUGACACACAAAAUAAAACCAGGUCAGGCUGUGAAUCUUGGCAGCAGCCUUUAAGAAAUAUGAAAAAGAAAUCGAUAGAGAUGUUGGGAACGUGUUUAGCUGUUUUUAUAGUGAAAAGUUGUAGCAGUAAUUACAAAAGCACAAUCCCUCUUCCUGUUACUUUUCAAAUAAUUCUAAAACACAAUGCUCAACAAAAGGCCCAUGGUUGAAACCACAAGCUGUAUGGCCUUUGUAAAGUUCACCGUUUUCACAACUUGAACAUGUGUGAGAACAUACAAUCAGAACUACCACAGAUAACUUGAAAACUGAACAAAUACAAUAGUAAAACUUGAAAACUGAACAAAUACAACUAAAGAAAGAGGGCGCAACAAUGAAAUUCAAUUUUAGUUAUGCUAAUAAAGCCAUUCUCAUAGCGCUCCAUUCAGAUUUUUCAAUAGAAGAUUAUAUAUUUUUUUUGUGAGGUACAAUACCAGCAGAAUUAUGUAAGCACAAUAAUACAACAUUAUUUUAGCAAUAUUAUAAACAAUAUAAUCAGAUUUUCUACAAAGUCCUAUAAAUUAAAAUAUAUACUGUAGUUUAUACAUUAAAUUAAAGAUACUGUGGAUAUUUUACACCCUAGCUACACCAGUUUGUGUGUGU